GACCAGACAUUGAAAGCGCUAAUGGAUAAGACCUUUGCAUUGAGAAGGCAUGAGGUUAUCCAGGAAUCACCUGUGAUAGCAGACUUCAAAACAAAAUGGCCUGCUCUUUUUAGGACAAAAGAGGUCAGCACAGAGUUUGAGCGGAUUACAACAGUCCCUCUGCUUUCACGGUUCUUUUCGAAGCUGGACCUGCAUGCUGCAAAACUUCUGAAAGUGUUCACCAAAAGAGGAGGAGUCCAAGGACGAAAGAUUAUGCAACUUGUGACUGCCACGACACAGAGUGACAACGUCGAAAUGAAAAGAGAAUCAGUCCUCAGAGCUCUGUGUCUGUACUUGAAUGAAGAUCCGGAUGAUCUUAUUCAUGAAUACAUGGUUUCUGAUGUGGCUGCAAAUCGACAGGAAAUUGAGGAGACUGUCUUGGGAAUCUAUGCAACCAGAGCUCAGGGGGCUGAAGCUAUGACCCUUCCUGUGGAUGUUGGAGUGGUAAUUGAAGGUGUAGUGGUUCUGGAAGACCUUGGCAGUGUGUCUCUUGCUUUUGCGUUGUUGUUUGGGUUAAUUUAUGCCUUAAACUUGAGUUACCCUCCCAAACUUAGAUAUACUUUUGAAGUUGUGCAGAAACUCCUUUUGGAACUCGAUGCAAACAAUCUAUCACGCAAAGCUCAGGCUCUGAAAACAAAACUCUUCAUUGAGUUGUAGGGAUGAUCUUUUGAUGAAGCUAUUGAUUUUGGAAGUAUUAAGCCUAUGUGGCAUGAUGCUAAUUACA